AUGUAUUUAACUUUAGGUGAUUCCAACUCAUCGUAUUACCACACUCAUGCCUCAAUUCAAAAAAACAGGAACCAAAUUCGUAGUUUCGUGUUGCCAAAUGGUGACCAAAUCACUAAUCCAAAUGCAAUUACCCAGGCAUUAACUGAUGCCUUUGUUAAUCGCUUUUCGUCAGAUGAUAGAGUGACUUUUGAUAGUGAUCACGAUUUUGCUCUUCUGGAUCCAAUAAUUUCGGUUGCGGAUAACAAUUUUUCAACAUCAACCGUAUUGGAGGAUGAAAUUAAAAAUGAUGUUUUUGAUUCAUCCCCAGAUAAGUCCCCUGUUUUGGGACAAAUCAUUCAUCCUCUCCAGGGAGCUUUUGUGCCGGACCGUCUUAUUCAAGACAAUAUCUUGAUUGCUCAUGAAGUAUUUCAGGCUUUUCGGUCAAAGUCUGGUCCUAAUGGAUGGAUAGUUAUUAAGUUGGACAUGGAGAAAGCGUACGAUAGAUUAGAGUGGAGUUACAUUUUCACCACCCUUGAUAAACUAGGCUUCUCGCCUAUUUGGAUCGGAUGGAUUGAGGAAUGUAUUUCUUCUUCUUCCUUUUCAGUGUUAGUCAAUGGGGUGCCUGGUGAAAAAUUCUUCCCAUCCCGUGGUAUCCGUCAAGGGGAUCCUAUCUCCCCUUACCUGUUUAUUUUAUGUGCGGAGCUUCUCGCAAGAUUGCUCUCUUCUGCGGCCAAUAGCCCAACGAAACCGGUAGGAGUGCCAGUUGGUAAAACUGGUAUUCGUGUCCCUUUUCUGACAUUUGCGGAUGAUACAAUGAUUUUUGCCAAAGCUAAUAACUAUAGCUGUUUAGUCAUUCGACAGAUUCUAGAUAAAUAUUGUUCAAUGUCAGGGCAAAUGGUAAACUACCAUAAAUCAGCUUUUCAAUGUACGGGAAAUGUCCCUGCUAAUGAAAAAAGAGACUUUGCGAACAUUUUGGGAAUGAUUGAAUCUAACUCUUUGGGAGAUUAUCUGGGUUGCCCCGUAAUCACCUCUAAGAUGACGAAAGAAACUUUUACUCCAGUUCUUAAUAAAACUAUAAACCAACUUCCCAAAUGGAAAGCUAAUACCCUCUCCCAGGCAGGUCGCUCGGUCCUCCUCCAGUCUAACCUUGCUUCAAAGUCCAAUUAUCAGAUGCAAAGUUUCCUCCUUCCUAAGCAUAUCUUGGAGAAUCUUGAUAAAACAUACAAGAUUUUUUUCUGGAAUAAGGACCAUUUAAAUAAAUCUCCUAAUCUGAUUGGUUGGGAAAGAAUAUGUAAACCAAAGGCUGCAGGAGGGUCAGGUUUUCGUACAGCGGAAGUUUCUAAUCAUGCCCUCCAGAUGAAGCUUCUUUGGAGAAUUAUCAAAGAUGAUAAUAAUCUUUGGGUUUGUCUUGUUAGAAAGCAUUAUAUUAAGAAUUCCAACCUCUUUACUAUUAAAGUUUCAAAGUCUGCCUCUUGGCAAUGGCGGAAUCUUUUAAGAUUAAGAGACACGUUCAAAAAAGGACUAAGAUGGCAUCUUGGGGAUGGUAAAAGUAUUAGAUUUUGGUCGGAUAAUUGGGUUUUCCAAUACCCUCUUAGCUCUAUCAUUGUUCCUACUCCGAGGACUGAGACCUACUUUGUUGACCAUUGUAUCUUAGAUUCAGGCCGGUGGAACACCCAGGUUUUGCUUUCUUUGGUCCCUCCUCACAUUGUUGCACAUAUUGUUUCUAUUUAUAUCCCUUCUGAACCUCAACUUGACUCCCUUAUUUGGGGUCUUACGGCUGAUGGUGAGUACUCUGUUAAGACUGAGGCUCUGCUUGCCCAAGGUAUUCUCCCUGCAUCUGCGGAAAAGGUCCAGCACUGUUUUCGUGAAGCCAACAAGUUAGCCGACUUCAUGGCACAUUGUGGCCAUACUUUCCAGGAUCUUCAUUAUUGUACUCUGCCUUUUGAUUUUGAUUUAUCUCUUUGCAUCCGUAAGGAUGUUUUAGGUUGGCCUCCUCAUUGA